AGCUGUUUGGGUUUCCCGUUGGAGUCUUCCUCACUCUGAUCACACUGAGCAUGCUCAGUUAGCAGGGACAGGCUAAAGUACAUAAAUCCACAGGGAACUGAUGAGAUUACCACAGCAGAGGAUUUCUGCAAGCUGACCUGAACACGGCUUCAAACGGAACUACUGGGAAAUUUUCUGGAUUUCUGUUCAUCUGGAUCCUGAAGACAAUAAGGAUGAUGCUGAAUGAUGAGUGGACCAUCAUGAACAACAGCAGCUCGGAGCUGGACAGCAAGAGACCAAACAAGUACAAGAGGUGCUGCACCUUCCUCUUAUGGUCGGUCAUUGUGCUGCUCGUCAUAGCAGCCAUCGUCACGGCGACACUGACAGUCCUGCAUCUCACCCAGUAUCCUCUACCCUUCAUCAGCAGGGGUGGAGUCUCAGCACCUGCCAUUUCCACCAUUACCAAAGACUCCGGUGCCCUGGUGACCAUAUCGCGUGUGACAGACGGAGAACCGGUCAGCGUCUUUCUGGACCCAAACUGUCCAGACUUCAGCGAACACUUCCUGCGCUGGGAGGCCCUGCAGAGCUCGCUGCUGAGGACACUGACCGAUCACAACGCAGAUGAGUGGAAGGAGAGGGGGGCGUUUCAGAAGCUGGGUGAUGAUCUGAAGGUGUUAACAGGCCAUGCCCACAACCUGAGGCUGGAAACAGAUUCCCUAAAAAGGGGUCAAGGUGUUCUGGAUCAACGGAUGGACAGACUGCAGAGCGAACAGAGUCGUGUCAUCCAGGUGCUGUCUGACAGUCACUCUGGUGUUUUGAAACUAGCAGAGAGUUUCAGUGAUUCUCUGCUCGGCCUCAAGAGGGAGGCAGAGAGCCUGAGGAGGCUGAAGUCUGAGCUGAGCCGAGACCUCACACAGACAGCGGUCCAACCCAGAGACUGCAGCAACAUUUUAGCAUCCGGCGUCUCUCAGGACGGAGUGUAUUCUGUGUUUCCGACACAUGAUCCUGACGGCUUCAUGGUUUACUGCGACAUGAGCACCGACGGGGGAGGCUGGACGGUGAUCCAGAGGAGGGAGGAUGGCUCGGUGAACUUCUUCAGGGGCUGGGAGGCCUACAGGGACGGCUUUGGGAUCACUACAGGGGAGCACUGGUUGGGUCUGCAGAGGAUUUAUGCCCUCACCAGGUCAGGAGGUUUCGAGUUGCGUAUCGACAUGGCAGACUUCGAUAACGCCACAGCUUUCGCUCUUUACUCUGAUUUCUCUGUCGGUCGAGAUUCUGUGAACCCUGAGGAGGACGGAUACCCACUGACUGUGGAUGGGUACUCUGGGACUGCAGGGGACUCUCUCCUUAAACACUCUGGGAUGCGAUUUACCACCAAAGACCGGGACCAGGACCAGUCUGAGAACAACUGUGCAGCAUACUACCAGGGGGCAUGGUGGUACCGAAACUGCCACACCUCCAACCUGAACGGACAGUACCUGAGAGGAGGUCAUGCUUCCUAUGCUGACGGUGUGGAGUGGUCCAGCUGGACCGGGUGGCAGUACUCGCUGCGGUUCACAGAGAUGAAGAUACGACCCAGGAAACCAGAGUCCUGAACUGGGUCUUGAGGCAGGAGCAAGUCCAGCUCUGCGCUACAGAUCUCUAGAACCCCUACUUGUAUAAUAUAAUGUUGUUCUGAACUGAUCCAUUCCUGUGGUGCUGUGUGUCUGCUGUUUUCCUGAUCAAUACUGGGUCCAUAUCAAUGAGUGAUCAGUGAUUGUAGUGCUGAGCAUUUGAUUAUUAAACAGUUUUGGACUGAACCAGUCUGACUGAUCCAAGCUUUGGGGUUUAAAUCCCAGGACAUUAAAACCAA